CUUUCAUCAUCUCUUUUUCUCCCGGAGAGAAUCAUCCUUUAAAGAAAGAAGAGGAAACAGAGCAAUAUUAAUCUUCUUCUUUCAAUACAAUGGCUCUUGCGUUGCCAUUGGUCGUCCUCGUGUUUUGGUUAUUAACAGGGACUGAAUCAACGAGCUUCAUUAUGGAGAACAAAUGCGAGUACACAGUCUGGCCGGGACUUCUCUCCAACGCCGGAGUUCCACCACUUCCGACGACUGGCUUCACUCUCCAAAAAGGCGAACAGCGAACCAUCACCGCCCCAGCUUCAUGGGGCGGACGGUUCUGGGGACGUACACUCUGCUCCACCGACACCGCCGGAAAAUUCACCUGCGCCACCGGAGACUGCGGCUCCGGGACCCUCGAAUGCUCCGGCUCCGGCGCCACGCCGCCCGCCACCCUGGCCGAGUUCACGCUCGACGGUUCCGGCGGUCUCGACUUCUACGACGUCAGCCUCGUCGACGGCUACAACGUCCCGAUGCUCGUCGUCCCGCAGGGAGGCUCGGGGCAGAACUGCAGCAGCACGGGCUGCGUCGUGGAUCUGAACGGGUCGUGUCCUUCGGAGCUGAGGGUGACGAGCGUCGACGGGGUGAGACAGUCCAUGGGUUGUAAAAGCGCGUGCGAGGCGUUUAGGACGCCGGAGUAUUGCUGCAGCGGCGCGUUUGGGACGCCUGACACGUGUAAACCGUCGGAGUAUUCGUUGGUGUUUAAAAGCGCGUGUCCACGUGCGUACAGCUACGCUUACGAUGAUCAGAGCAGUACCUUCACAUGCGCUAAGUCCCCGAACUACGUCAUCACCUUCUGUCCUGCUCCGAACACGAGUCAAAAAUCAUCUCAAGAUCAGAGCCCAAACUCGAAACCUACUACACCACCUGGGACGUCGACAACUCCAACAGGAGGAAGUACGACGUGGACGCCGGAAGAUACAUCGAUGAUAUACGAAGGAGCUCUGGAUCAGAGCAAAGCAUCACCGUCGUCGUAUCGUCUUUCGUUAUAUGGAAUCACAGUGACACUCGCGCUGGCCUUUUGUCGGAUGUGGUGGCUCUUUUGACCUAACUUUUAUUUUGUUCCCGCGGUAAACACUGAAUCAGGACAGUGUGGGCCCUCACCAAAGCCUUAUCUCUUCCCGGCCCAUGUGACCUUUUUUACUUUGAACGACGUCGGAUUGAGUCAGAGUUGAAAAAAGUUGCAGUGAAAAGCUCCUUGCCCAAACUACAAAAGAUUCUUGUUUUUGGUGAGGAACAUGUGGGCAAAGAAAGUGGGCUGCUUGUGGACUUCAAAAAAGACGGGAAUCAUAUUUGUUUAAUCUUUAAUAAAACUAUUAUUUAGGAAUUAUAAUGUACACUGUUAUAAGGUAAUCUAUAAAAUUUAAGUUGAUAUAUUGGAGAAAUGGGGGAAUAUUUCAUUUG